GCUUACUCAAAUUGCAGAACUGUGAACAGUGUAAUUUUUUUUUUUACAAUCCCAUUGCUACUGUGCAACAAUAUAGAGCUAGCUAACUAUAAAAUGUUGCAAAAUUUAUUUUAGCAGCAAAUCAAUAUCCAGAAUACUGAAUUUACUUAGUAUACAUGAUUAUUAAUCUCCAAAAUACUUAUUUUUAAACCAGAAUACCUUUUUUGUUGACUGCUGUUCUGUUAUAGGGAUAACAAUAGCCAAUGGAUAGCUCUCCAACUGUAGUUGAACUUUAUUCGUCAGUCUGUGUCCAACACAAUGCUGGCUCAAUCAGUUCAUCAUUAAGCAGCAGUUGGAAAGCUAAUUUUUGCUAUCCCUGGCAUAGCUAGAAGAGGCAAUACCAUGGUGACAGUUGAGGUCAGUUGUGCAAAUGAUGUGGUUUGAUUCAUGGCAAAAUACAGGGAAUUGAAUGCUAAUGAUUUCCCUUUUCAGAUAUUUUCUGAACAAUUGAAGAUGUCCGUCUAGGAGGUGAUUUUGAAUAUCUAAGAUCGCUACAUGGCCAUCUCUAUUACAAUUCUGGACUGUGAUCUCCUCCUGUAUGGCCGUGGACAUCGCAUACUUGACCGAUGUAGGCUGGAUGAUGUUACAGAUGAAUACCUGGUCUCCACAUAUGGCUUUCCACGAUCCUUCAUUGACUACCUUGUUGAACUGUUGGGAAGUAGUCUAUCCCGGCCCACCCAGCGUUCGCGGGCUAUAAGCCCAGAAACCCAGAUCAUGGCAGCACUUGGAUUCUACACCUCUGGGUCCUUCCAGACACGUAUGGGAGAUACAAUUGGAAUCAGCCAAGCUUCCAUGAGUCGUUGUGUUACCAAUGUCACAGAGGCUUUGGUGGAGAGGGUGUCCCAGUUCAUCCACUUUCCACGGGAGGAAGGGUCCAUACAACGGCUGAAGGAUGGGUUUUACAGUCUGGCUGGGGUGCCUGGAGUUCUGGGAAUAGUAGACUGUAUGCAUGUGACAAUAAAAGCCCCAAAUGCCGAAGACAUGUCAUAUGUGAAUCAACGAGGCCUGCACUCUUUAAAUUGUCUUUUUGCAUGUGAUACCCAGGGAGUACUGCUGUGGGCUGAAACCCACAAGCCGGGUAGCAUACAAGACAACACGUUGCUUAAUCAGUCUGAGCUAUGUUGCUUGUUUGAGACUGAGCUGCACAAAGAAGGAUGGCUUCUAGCAGAUCAUGCAUUUCUCCUCCGGCCGUGGCUGAUGACCCCAGUGCAAAUUCCUGGAAGUUCCUCUGAGUAUCGCUACAACAUGGCGCAUUCGGCCACGCACACUGUUAUGGAACGUACUCAACGCGCCCUUCGAUUACGCUUUCGCUGCUUGGAUGGUUCUAAAGCCACACUGCAGUACUCGCCAGAAAAGGCUUCACAGAUUAUCCUUGCAUGCUGCAUCCUACACAACAUCGCUCUGCAGCAUGGUCUAGACAUCUGGACUGAUUCUGGAGGGCCUGGACUGGAGCAAGAAGAGGAAUGUGUUCACAUGGAGCCUGUGGAUUCGGAAGCUUACCGUAUGCGCCAAGAAAUUAUCCUCACAUUUUAGCUGACCAUGAUGGAUCCCACAUCAGACAUUUAAUAAACUGCAAACAUAAAAAAUAUGCAUUUUAUUUUUUUUAGGUUU